AACGUAGUCAAAUCUGCUAUUGCCUAGUUGUCAACAUGGCUGCCGGUGUUUGACAUCAGCUGGCUAGCAUUCGCAGCUCUUCUCAAUGGAUGCGGUUUGAAAUGACACACAUUUUCCAAUAAUUCUAAGUCCACGUCUUUAUCCCAAGCCUUAUCGAAAUAAGCAAGCCGGCUGCUUUGAACAUCGCGUGCGUUGUACAAUACUCACCCUGUGUAAGUCAAAAUGGCAAGCCCAAGGACCAGAAGAGUGUUGAAGGAAGUGAGAACCCAGGAGGAAAACAACCUUUGCUUUGAGUGUGGGGGCUUCAACCCUCAGUGGGUGAGUGUGACCUAUGGGAUCUGGAUAUGUCUGGAAUGUUCCGGCAAACAUAGGGGCUUGGGCGUACACCUGAGCUUUGUGCGCUCUGUUACCAUGGAUAAGUGGAAGGACAUUGAACUAGAGAAGAUGAAGGCAGGAGGGAAUGGAAAGUUCCGUAUGUUUCUGGAACAACAAGAGGAUUACGAUGCCACUUGGACCAUGCAGGAAAAAUAUAACAGCCGAGCCGCUGCACUUUUCAGAGACAUGGUUGCCACCAUUGCAGAGGGUAAGGAGUGGUCUGUUGAAACUUCCUUUGCCAAGGACUGGACUCCGCCACAGCCUAAAAUAGGUCUUUCGUCAUCCCAUCGCUCAGGGGGCCCACGGCAGAACUCUGGAACACCUAAAGACAAGGCUUUUGAGGACUGGUUAAGUGAUGAUGUAAACUCUUAUCAAAGUGGUGGUGGUUACAGUGGGAAUCAGGAGAACCGCUAUGUUGGCUUUGGGAAUACGCCAAUCCCAGAGAAGGAGGAGCAUGAUGUCCUGAACAAUGCUCUAUCUUCCAUUUACUCGGGCUGGAGCAAUUUCACCAUCGGGGCUAGUAAAAUUGCAGCAGUUGCCAAAGAUAAUACCGCAAAACUUGCAACCACAGCAACUCUAAAGUUAAGGGGCUAUAAGCCACCUCCUGAGCCGGCUGCAGAGUUAGGACAGACUUUAAAUGAGAAUGUUAUCAAACCUACCCAUGAAAAGGUAAAAGAUGGCAAGUUGAUAGAUGAAAUGUCCGUCAGCAUCGCUGGGCUGGCAUCCAAGGUUCAGGGUGCUGGUGCAAAAAGCUGGAAAGACAUGACUGACUUUUUUGCUGGAAAGCCAGAGAACAGCUCAGACGGAGAGAGCUACCAGAACAUGGACGCCACUGAAGGUUACCAGGGCAACUCCGGCCCAGAACCAGGGCAGGCCCCUGCCAAGGACUUUUGGGAGACCUUUGGCAGCGCCAACUCCUCCAAGCCCAAGAAGUCCCCCAGCAGUGACAGUUGGACCAACGUCGACAGCUCGGCUGCUGAGAAGAAGAGUUCCGACAGCUGGGACAACUGGGGCUCUGAGGCCGCGUCCAACAACAAGCACAGCACUGGAGAGAGUUGGGAGGCCUGGGACAAUAACUGGGACAAUGCUGCUGGCGGGGAGACCAAGGGCAAAAAGAGCCCUGCCGCCAAACCUGCUGAAGAAACCUGGGACAAUGCAGACUGGUAGAGGCCCCUCUCUCACUCACCUCACUCGUUUCUCUAACCCCUUUACCACCCACCCACCUUUCCUUCCUUCUUUCCAUCUCACAGGCACUUUCACAGUUGCACAGUUCUGUCUCUGACCAGAGCUGGGCUCAAUGCCAGUUCAAUAUGUAUUUUUCUUUCAACAACGAAAUGUUGUCGCCUGCGAUUUUAUAUCCUGCCCGUGAACCCCACCCCCAACAGCCACCUCCACCAUCCCUCACUAAUAACAGGGCCCGUCGUUCACCCAGCUUUAAUUAUGAUUGUGUUAGUGCUGUCUGAGUUAGCAUGGGUUAGUGAGUCUCAUUUCCCUGAACGUCAAUGGGAUUCAAGAGAUAAGCGUGCUCGUUAUAGUGCCACCAUGUGGUCCAAAUGAAUGUUCUGGCCAGCGUUGAGUCUCGACAGUGUUUGCAACGUGUGUAUCAAGUUCCUACAAUACGAAUACCCUUGAUUGAUUUAUAUGCAUUCAUGCCAGACCGCAUCCAUUUGAAUGUUUAGUGGUCAAAACCAGCGCUUUUGGUUUAGCUACUUAUCUGAAAAAGAUUGCAUUGAGCGAGCUUUGUCCAUAGAUGGAAUGUUUUGUGCAAAACGGUGAUUCUUUGCCGAAGUAGCGGACUUAAGUGUUUUGCUUCACCGAAUUGGAAAGGUCGGACGAACCAUGGGGGAUUUAUUGGGUUCUCGAAGCUUAUUUGUUUCUUGUGAGCAGUGGAACCUGCAGUCAAAUAUGGUUUAGUAUGUAGAUGCACAAACUCUGGAUGACCCCAUCAGGGCACUCUCGUCUACUUAUUGCACUCUUCCCAGAGAGUCUAUCCUAAAACGAGCCAUCACUGUCAAGUCUUUUUUUUUUUUUAUUAAUUUAUCAUCAACCCUUCUUUGCAAUGGGGUCAAUUUAGUGCACUAGAGUGGCCCUGACUUGAUCAACACAUCAUGGAGGCGGGUCUCUGCUCCAGUGUGAAACCUUAUUCGUGACUCAAUCCGGGUGUAAGGGUUCACCAUCUAAGGUUAGCAUUUUCAGCAGCUUGUUGUAGCUCUGUCAUCUGGCCAAUCAGUCUAAUUUUAUAUUUGGCAAGACUCAUUCAACCAAGUUAUGUCCAAAUCUGGACAAUGAUGUCUGGGUUUGCAUGAAUGUACAGGGAACAAUUCAUAGUCCUCUCAGCGAUUCCAUCAUGGGGGCAAAAAAAUAUGGAACUGAGCUCAACGCAAACUCAGCAUUCCUGAAUACCGGUGUUUACUAACUUUAAAAGAAAGCGCCGUUUCAUUUAAUAUUUAGUUUUUCUAGAUAAGUGUGUGUAUAUACCUUGGUGGGGAAAAAAAACGUAAUGUACUUAAAAUAUACUAAAAUCAAAACUGUAAAAAUAAUAAUGGACUUAAAUUAAUACUUUUUUUUUGACAAUGUCCGACUCGCUAAUAAUUACCAACAUGAAAGCUAGAUAGUCAGGGAGAAUGAAAUUCCAAGAAUGAUGGAUGGUGGACCAAUUACUUAGCUUGCUCUUGUUGAAGACCCUACAUGCACCUGGCACAAACGCCUGAAAAAACUGUCAGCCCUCUCUUCAUUGAAUCCUCUUCAGAGCUUGUAGGUGUCUGUCCGACUUUAAUAUUUUAAUGAGGAAAAGAUUAUUUUAAUUCAAACUGGUCAAAAAAAUUAUGUUAAAUUAAUCAUUGGGCAAACAACAAGUCUCAGGCCAGUCAUGUAAGAAUCCUAGCAGGAACUUUUUUUAUGAAAUAUGUUUAUGCACCUUUGCUAUUAUUUCUGUUCCAUAUCUGCCUUUAUAAUGUCUGACUCCGUUUCACCCCUUUGUUGAUGCAUAAGUGAGUAUGUGAGGCAUUGCCUAGAUGAUGUUUCCACUCCUCAGAAAGAGGACAAGGAAAGGCAACUAGUUCUCAGUUGCAGCAGUUUGUUGGCAUUUCCUUCCCCUGGCUGUUUUUCUGGUAGAACCAGAGCAUGUGGGCUGCAGUGGCAUGCAUUGUCUUGUCUGAACAGAAAAAGGGCAUUUGCUAAAUUAACAGAAAACAAGUCUUAGGUUGCAUGUUGUCUUCUGCGCGCGCACACAAAAUACAAUGACCUGAGAUGUAAACUGUGAUGACUAACUGUGCAAUGCUUGUGUAAUAGUGCAUCUUCUGCGGUAGUGUUCUCUAUCCCCUGCCCUCAAUUUUAUGGUUGUGUUAUGAGCCUUAAAGAGCUGUCUUCAGAGCUGUCCUCAUAGUUAUCUAUUGGUGAACUGUUUGGGUGUACAGGUAUGCGUUCUCCUUGAACAUGGCCAGUGUGUACUCCAUGAAAUUAUAAAUUAUGAAAGUAAAAUGAGGUGCUUACAGUUUUCUUCUGUAUUUCUGAUACUUUGUAAUUCAUUUUUCUUGUACUGUAUUAUGUUUUAUGAUGACAUAACAUUUUCAGUUAGAAUGAGAAACCCGGUUUCUUGUGUUUUUCCCAUGUUUUCUGUCACGUUUUAGAUUGCACAGGCCAAUCUUUUUAAAAUAACAUUCAGUCAGGAAAUAGUAUUUUUCGAUAUUGUACAUUAAAUGACCAUUGAAGCCUAUUGUUUGGAGAAUUACCAAAAGAGUUGAGGCACCCCUUUUUUUUUUAACCUUGUCUAAGUGCAGUUGAGUGUGGGGGAGUUCUCCUCAGUUCCACUAACUGACAGUAUCUAGACAAGCAUUCCAUUUUGGCAAUUGAUUGAAGGGAAUAAUCCUUGUGUUUUUAAAUGCCCUGUGAAACAAAACAGACUAUUGAAAUUAGAUUUAAGAAAUUAUGUAAGGUAUCUGGUUCAUAUGAGAUUUAAAGAGCACACGCAGAAAUUCCCUUGUCUCUAUGACAACCGACAUAGAGACAAGCUUCCAUAAUUGUUUUUUGGUAGGCCAAUCUGGUCUGCUUAUUGCCCCCACCCCGGUUUCCUAGAAUGAGACGUCUCACCAGCAAGUGUUUUCGGUUCGAGGUUUGCCCCACCGGCCCCAGAACGACCGAAGAAUGAGCCACUGAGAUGUCUUGCUCUAGGGCACCCCCUCUGCGGGGCGGGGACAAUAACCAGACUAGAGUGUCCGGGUAAGAAAAAUAAAAUCAUGGGAAUUGCUGGAUCUCUACUUUCUGUUACGUCUGAUGUGUACCAUUAGACAAGUUUGCGUGUCCCUUCGUACUGUAUAAAUAUGUUCAAGUUCUGGUCGUGGGUGUGUUUUUGUGCACCACCUGUUGUCUGUAUGGAAAAUAAAAACUUAUAUAUAUGUGGUA